AAAAAAAAAAAAAAAAAAAAACAGGAGAAAAGAAAUUUGUAUAGUCCUCCCACGCCAGAAGGAGGAGGAGAAGAAAAGCUAUAAAUGCUAGUUGGGUUAUGUGGUUUCUUACAACUUUCUCUUAACGACUAAGGCAAUACCAAUCCAAUCACCAUCUCCACCUCUUAUCUAACCUCUGCCCUUUUAUUAUUAUUCUACAGGCACAAGCAUAAAUUAAUAGUACUUUGUUUUUGUAUUAUAAUAGCUGCAAUACGGAAAGAUAUUUUUGUAGAGCUUGCUACAUCCAUCAAAGAUUGGAAGAAAGAAAAAAGAUUCGAUUUUGGGGAAACCCUUUUGAAAAUUCCUUGAAUUGGUGAAGGAAUCGAUGGAGUUCUAUGCAUAUCCGUCUCAUUCUUUGCCCUCUUCGUCGUCUUUCUCAUUUUCAGUCGGGAAUUUGGUUGAUAAAGUCAAACAAUACUUCAGCUUUGCUGUUUCUGCUAUUAUUGGGAAUGUGUUCUCUGCAAUCUUCACCUUUUUCUUUGCAUUGAGUAAGUAUUCUUAUCUUAAUUCCUUUUAGAUUUUGGAUUAUUUGCUGAUAUUUCCUCUGUUUUUCCCUUUUUUUGCUCUUUUUGUCUGCCCCUUCAUUGUUCAUCAUCAAGUUUAUAACUUUUUGGUCAAAUUGUCUUUAAUUUGUGAUUUUCUUUGUGUUUUUUAAAUAUGAUUUGCAUUUAUAUGAUCUCGGUUGUUGGGUCUCGUCAAAGAAUUGAUUUCACCUAAUUUUCUUGUUGAUUAUCCCCACAUUCUUCAUCCAGAAAAGAAACGUGCGGCCCUUUCUUGUUUUCCUAAGAUCUUAAUCUGAUCCUCUAAUCUCGAAAGCUUUUGUUAGAGAUUUGACAUAUCUGCUAGAAAGCAACAAUCUUGGCUGGCAAAGAUUUCCCAAGGACAUCUAAUUAGCUUUUGAUUUGCUGUUCUGUUUUUUGAUCACCAUAUGUCCAAGCUCUGAUUUAGAGUAGCUGCCCUAUUUCUCAUGGAGAUUUAAAUUGGCAUGUAAUAUCGGUCGUGAUCAAGUAGUAAUCCAUAAUCUGUGAAUUCAUGAGGGGAUUUAUUUUUCUUCUGCAGUUGGGACCUUAUUGGGAGCAAUGACUGGAGCCUUAAUAGGUCAAGAAACGGAGAGUGGAUUUGUCAGAGGGGCUGCGGUAGGUGCGAUCUCGGGAGCUGUUUUCUCUAUAGAGGUGUUUGAGUCGUCCCUUCUCUUAUGGCAGUCUGAUGAAUCUGGCAUUGGUUGUCUCCUUUAUUUGAUCGAUGUCAUUGCUAGCUUAUUGAGCGGUAGGCUUGUUCGUGAGCGGAUUGGUCCUGCUAUGCUAAGUGCUGUACAAAGUCAGAUGGGAGCUGUUGAAGUAACUUUUGAAGAGGUGCCCAACAUUUUCGAUACCGGUGGUGCAAAGGGUUUACCUGGAGAUUCAGUUGAAAAGAUACCGAAAAUCAUAAUCAGUAAGGAUAACAAUGUAGAUGAUUCUGGAGAAAGAGUGUCUUGUUCUGUUUGCCUACAGGACUUUCAGAUUGGAGAGACUGUUAGAAGUUUGCCUCUGUGUCACCACAUGUUUCACUUGCCCUGCAUAGAUACAUGGUUGGUGAGGCAUGGAUCCUGUCCACUGUGUAGGAGAGAUCUCUAAACUUUUCCUUUUUCUUUUCCCCUUCUUGUAAAUUACAUAUGAAUGUGUAGGGUUUAUAGUUCUUUGGUCCCUCGGUUACACCAUUUUUCGGAACAGCCGCAUGUAAUUAAGCACGAGUUUGUCAUGUUUAGACCAGGACCUUUACUCAUUAUCUUCCCUGUAUACAAUUUUGAUAAUGAAGUAUGGUUUAGUAUUCUGAUUUGGGCUCGAACUCGAACUUUUAACUAUUGCUUUGUUGUCAAUGUUGGUUUAUGCCGAACAUGAUUAUUAAGAAUAUGAUUCAUAGAGGAUCUUUAGAAUGGUGGUGGUCCUAAGACCUAACAAAUACAUUUUGAGAAACAGGCAUUUAAGUUUGUAGGUCCAUUUUAUGACUGUUCUUGGUGAAAUGGUACUGUUGUAUACUAAUUGAGGAGAUGAUUCUUUGUGUGUUGAAGAAAGAUGAAUUGAAACCUCACAAUACUGCCUCUUCUUGGUAAAAAUAGUACAACUUUGUGAUCUUUACAUCUUACUAGUGAUGAAACCAUUCCCACUCUAUUCUGGGAUAAAGUUUUGUGCUUUACAUUGGCUGUUUUGGUUUCAUUCUGCAUUACAAUAGAGAAAAUAUCUCUGAAGAGUCUGAAUCCUGAUCAUGAUGCCAUUCAGAAUUCAUAUCAUUGAUUGAUGACAAACUGGUAUUUUUUUUUCGUACAGCCCUCCAUAACUUGAUCACUCUGCCAUUUCAUUGAUUAGGAGAAGCCAUCAAUACAGAGAGUCCCCUCAGUCCAUAACAAUUAUGAAUUUCUCUGGGUCUGGUGGGACCUUUAUUUCACACUACCCUCAUCUGCAUUUGUUGUUGGUAGUUUACAAUAAAUUUGGAGCUGGGUCUGGGGACAUAAGUUUUAUAUAUAUUUACUGUGCUGAAAAAUUCAGAACAGACAUUUUUGUUAGUUGCAAGAUGAUGACUUUUUCCUCUCUCGUAGCCGUCCCUUUGAGGCUGUGAGGUCUGAGAAUUAGUGUUUGAAUUCACACCUGAGAAGUUUCGAUUUUGAAUGAGGAGGAUCCAAUAGAACUUUUGAUAAUUUGAAGAACCCUUCUCAAUUCACAUAAUUCUUUCAAAGAAAAGCAGCUGCUGAUGCUGAUGCUGCUGCAUCGUACUACAAAUCUACAAGGGGACCGCCAAAAAUGUCCAAAUAAUUCAAAUCUUUUAACACCCGAAGAAACUAUCAUCAGCACAAAAAAGGGUCAGAUUCAAAAAAAUGAAGGUGUAAGAACAGUAGAAAUUUGUAACCAUUGACAAUUUACGUACGAAACUUGACAAAUUAAAAUUAUAGCUGUCCGAAUCGGUGUCGGUGAAUACCGAAAAUGUGCAUCAUCCUUGGUUGUCCGAUUGGCAUUAGGGAAGAAAAGUAGCUUCUUUUGUUUUGACCUAAUCAGGACCCCUUGCUUAGGUCAGGUCUCCAGAAAGUGACCAAAAUUUUUUGAGAUUCUUGUCUUGUAAGGAUUAGCUUAAAUCCAAC